CAUCAACUACCCCGGAUGUGUUAGUUAGCAACAAGAAAAUAGCGGCUUGAGUUAGCAGUUAGCUUGUGUCAGCAUUAAGAACACUUUUUAGCAUAUUAACUUGAAUAUAAAGCGUUUUCGUAACUUAAAUAAAUAUGGGUAGUGACAGAUGAUUGCAUACGCACAGAUAGUUACGGUGACGCAAAAUAGGAGCCGCGAAACAGACUGUAACGAAUAAGUCAGCACGAUAUUAGGUAUAUACUGAAACGUUAACAUUAGCUAACGUUAGUAACGUUAUUGUCUAGAAACCGCAGCCAUGAAUCUGGUAGGCGGCCGCGAACCCAGAAAGACUGCGGGCAAUCGCAUGUCAAAAUUACUGGAUGCUGAAGAAGAGGACGAUUUUUACAAGACCACUUAUGGAGGCUUCAACGAGGAAUCGGGGGAUGAUGAGUAUCAUGGAGAACAUUCAGACACAGAGGAUGAGGUGGACAGUGACUUUGACAUUGAUGAGGGUGACGAGCCUGACAGCGACCAGGAGGAGGAUGCACCUCGGAGGAAAGGACGCGUUGUCACUAAAGCUUACAAGGAACCUAUAAAGGUUGCAAAACCAAAACCCAAAAGACCAUCUGAGGAGCAGAAGAAGAUUGAGAAAACCAAAGUGGAGCUCAAAAGGAGGAUUCCACAAGAAUUCCAGGAUUUUGGAGAGACCCGGAAGUCUGUGAGGCAAUCCACCAGUGAACAUACCAGAAAGACCAACUUGCGUUUGCAAGAGCGCCAGGAUGCCCCUCGGAGACGGAGAGGUGCUCAUCGUGACCGGCCCCUGACCCAGGAGGAGCUGCUGGCUGAGGCCAAAAUAACAGCUGAGCUCAACAUUCGAUCUUUAGAGAACUAUGAACGUCUGGAGGCAGACAAGAAGAAACAAGUCCACAAGAAACGGCGUUUUGAAGGACCAACCAUCCGUUACCAUUCGGUCCUGAUGCCACUCGUCUCUCACUCUGUCCUAAAAGAAGAAAACGUGGAUGUUGAAGGAUUGGAUCAGGACGUCCCUCAGACUGCGCCACAAAAUCCCGCCACACCAUCCCAGCAGCCCGCUGGAGGCCUGUGCUCCCGUACCUACAUAACAUUCAGCGACGAUGAAGCUUUUGAGGCGGCCUUUCCACACAUCGACCAGCCAAGUCCUCAGCUGCCCGUCCAGGAGGUUUGUCCCGUCACCCACAAAGCCGCGCUGUACAGAGACCCCGUCACAGACAUACCUUAUGCUAACACGCGAGCUUUCCGCAUCAUCCGAGAAGCGUAUCGUAAAUAUGUGGCUGCUCACGGAUUUCCAAACACUUCGGGAGGGGUGACGGGACUCGACUCCUCAACAGUAAAGGGGGCCCGACAGAAAAUGGUCGUCAAGCAGAGUGCCGUGGGAACAUAGCUUAGAUGUGAAAAUUAUUUGGGGAAAAAGGUUUGUUUGAGUUCAGGUGAAAAAAAGUACAACCGCUCGCUCAUGACCACCCUUUCUUCAAACAAAAGUCUACACCUAGUUUCAUCUCCAUCUAUACAAAGUGUCCUUGGCACUGGAAAUUAAAAUGUUUGUGGAUUUAGCAGUCACUGUGAUCAGGAUGCUACAGUUUUGAAGGAAUCAAAGGACAAUGAAAGUAUUUUUCAGUUCUUCUGUUUACUGGAAAUAACAGAUGGCAAGAGAACCUGGUAGAAUCUUCGACCAUGUCACUUGAUGCAUUUCCUUGAGUUGCAAAAAAAGUCUUACUUUAUGAUGUCUGCAUGUAUAGAAAUUGAUUUUGUACAAUAUUGCCAUAACAAAUCCAGGUUGAGGGGUUAAAAAAAUAUACAUUGGUUUAAAAGCAAAAUAAGUCUCCAUCAGCACACAGACAGCUUUUAAUUCCCUUAAAUGAAAUGUUUCUUUUUCUUUAACUGUAUUUUUGUUUUUACACGUGUACAUAUUUUGCAACAAAAAUAAAUAUUUCAUAUGUGGAAUAAGUCAUA